GAUUAGUUCUUCAUCCAGCUGCCCUGGGCUAUGUACCCAGGAACUUGGCCAUCUCUGGCCCUCCAGUUAUUCCUGUACUGGUUGCAGGCCUUUAGGGAGUGGCUGGAACUUUUCAUCCAAUUGGCCAACCCGAAGAUCCUGAGAAUCCUGGGCCUGGCUCCAUGUGCAAGAGCACUCGGCCUAUUGUUCCCAUGGCUGAGCUCCUAUCUAAGAAGCAUCAUCACGGUGGAUCUCAAACCAAAAGCCCCAGGGAAGGGCAGCAGGGAGCCUCAGAAGGGCCACCCUAAAACCAGGAUCCUCAAGACCACAGCCCCCCAGAAGAAGAUUACCCCUUGCUGUCCAGAGAGCCUGCCCCUGUCAUCUGAUUCCCUGGAAAGCCUCUUUGACCCUGUGGGACGAUUAGAUAUCCCUCGACUCCGGAGGAUGGUCUACCAGAAAGGCCCAGAGGCUGGAGAGCGAAAGCUGGUCUGGAAGUUUCUGUUCGGUGUGUACCCGCCCAACUCCACAGCCGAGGAACGGCAGGUAUUGGACACCAAGCUGGAAGCCCACUACCACGGCAUGAAGUGGGCCUGGAGGGGCCGCUACCCCAACGCAGUCCGCCUCAGGGCCCCUGCGGAUGAGGAAUUUUCCAUGGCCAUUGACAAGUAUGAAGUGCUACAGACACAGAUAAGAGAAAAUGCAUCUCCUCUGGAAAAGUUGGCUGAGAGCAGUCUUCAGUACCAUAUCUUCAAUGACCAGCUCUUCAAGAAGGCCCAGAAAUACAUAGAUGCAGAUGUCCCUCGAACUGACCGACACCGUUCUUACUUCCAGGAAGAGGGGUUGGUCAAGCUGCUGUCUGUCAGGGAGAUACUUCUCACCUAUGCCGCCUUUCAUCAAGACUUGGGUUACUGCCAGGGCAUGAAUGACUUUGUGAGUAGAUUUCUGGAGACCCUGGACUCGGAGGCUGAUGCAUUUUGGUGCUUUGUGGGCUUCAUGCGCUGGGCAGGGAUGAACUUCACAGCUGAAGGCAUCAAGAGAAAGAUCCAUGUCUCUGAAGAGCUUCUAAGACACGUUGAUCCAGAACUCUCAAGCCACAUAGAGAAGGUCUCCAAAGAAAAGCUGCUCUUCUGUCUCCGCUGGUUGUUGCUGUGUUUCCAGAGGGACCUGCAGCAUCAAGAUGCCCUUAGAGUCCUGGAGAUCAGAGGGUUGGAAGGUGGUAAGAACAACUCCCCCAUCUGGCGGCAUUCAAGGACCAAGAAUGCAGUCACUGGAUGCUGUGCUCCCCGAAAAGACCUGACCUUUGAUGUUCUGCUGUGUGUGGCCAUCCUGGUGCAAAACCGAGAUCAGCUGCUAACCUUCCAUCACUCCAAUGACUUCUUCCUCUUCUCCCAGAGGCUCCAAGGAAAGCUGAAACUGAACACCCUCCGAGGAGAAGAAAAGGAGCUGCCGCGCCCUGAGCUACCUUCCCUGGGGCCUAGGGUUAUGCUUAUGCCUGGCCAAUAAAACAUCUCUUCUAUGGGUUCAUAUCUGUGA